AUGUCGAUAGAGUCGUCGGCAACGCGUGAACGUCGCCGCAAACACAAGAUUAUAAAGCCAUUCCUCGACGAGGAGUUGAUGGCGGGCCCCCCUCAGUAUACAAAAGAAUACUUCCGACAACCACGACUCCGAAAGUGUGUUUUUAAUCCCGAUGACAUAAUCUUCGAGUCUCGACUGGGAUAUGGAAUGGACGGCUGCUUCUGGGAUCAAGCUCCGCCCGAAUCGGAGGGACACUAUUAUGCCUUGCAGCGAGAGUGCCAAAGCAACGCCGUCCUUCAGAUGGUGCGCGCCUCGAUCGCAUCAUACCCCGUUUUUGUGCUUGACGAGCCCAAAGGGAAAGAGGAGGCCAGGAAGAAUUACUACUCUUUUUGCAAAGAAAAAAGCGACUCAAGACGCGAACAUGGCAUUUCAAAGGAAGGCCAAAACAGGCUCAUGCGGCGCAUAUCGUCACUACCACGCAUGGCAGAAUGCUACGGCUGGCUGAAAUUACACAGCAACACAUGGAAAAAUCUACAUUCUAGUUUAAAGGCUCCCGAUGUGAAGAUUGAGAAGAUAAGGAGGUACAUGGAAGCCGAUGUUGAAUACACUGCACUUGUUUACGAGUUCAUCCACGAGGGCGAAAAUGAGCCAUUGACUGUAGAGAAGGUGGCCGAUUUCAUAUAUCAUGUUGGUUUGUCGUUUGGUUGUUCGACACUAGCCAAAAAUUGGACGGAUAGUGUUUUGGUCGAUUAUGCGGAUAUUAUUUAUCCAGGCGGCUACGGGUGGUGCGAAUCUAUGUUUGGGAUGAGAGACGCAAAAGAUAUAUUGUUCGACGGGACAUGGGACGAAAACGAUAGAUUGUUGUUCGAAGGGAUGUUGGAAGAGUAAAAUAUUGGCCUUGAUUUACGUUGCUUGUUAUAGACUGGGAGCUCGGCAAGUGAGUGUACAAGAACGCACUCCAUAUAGCAAAUUGCAAACAGUAUCAGAGCCAGCUUUCUCUUAUGAUAUAUGAUGGGUUGUCUGACGAUAUCCCAGCAUCUUCUCUCCCAUGGUCGUCCUAAACGGAUAAUUUAUGCCAUGACACUUACUAUGACAAAUUUUCUAUACCAAUGGUCAAAACACCAAUCAUUUCGUGAACCCUCGCGACGACCUGAUCAUACACAGUCUUCCGCCCCUACAUAUCUGUGGAAGCACACCAUUGCACCAGACAUUCAUCAUGGCCGCCAUCCUCAAAUUUCUCUAGGCAAGAUAGGUCAUCCAUAUACAGCUAAAUGGUCACGAGCUGCUAGAUAGCCAUCUAUUAGAUACACGCAGACCAUAGAAUUCGCCCAACUAGACAAGGCGCAAGAACAGUGCUUUCAAUAU